AUGAGUGCAGUAAUGGGUCAGAAUUCAGAGAAUCUAGGUACAGAUGUCAAAAAGAGCUUUCGGAUUCAAAAAAAAGGCAAAAGGAAACGUGAGUUAAUUAAAUACGAUUAUGGUGAAGAGGACGACGAUCUACAGUUCAACAAUCAAUCAAUUAAAAAGCUGUCAGAGGCAGGAUCGAAUAUUCAAUAUAUUGGAGGAAAUUCAGAUAAGGAAAAAUUGAACAAAGCAGGUUGCAGCGAUCCAGAAAACAAAAAACAUAUCUGCUCAUUAAUAUUAAAAAAUUUUGACAAUUUAAACCUUCUUGAGAUGCUUAAUGAAGAGCCUAACAGCUUACUACAACUACAUUUGUUUCAUAUGUUCAUCUAUUCCAUAAUCCACGAUCAAGAUACAUUUUUCUUGAAAACAAAUAGUGACCUUUUCAGUUCAAGAACAUUCAUGAAAAUACUAUCAAAAUUAUUGGAGAUGAAUGAUUUGAAUAAUAACUUCGAUUCAACGUUCAUACCAGAUAAUGGCAAGACAAUGGAAAGAAAUAUGAACGAUAGAACAACCGAGAAAAUUGUUGUGCCAUCAAUUGUGUUAAAGAGAUUAGAUAUUGUGAACGAGAUUUAA